AUGAGACUUUUAGACCCUGUCAUACGCCAAGCAGAUUCAAGACUGAAAUAUAUCAACUGUGUAUUCUUAAACAGAUCUUUACAAGAAGCAAGAGAAAGAGAACCAGAUGAUAUAGAUCUUAUAGCAGCAAUCUGCUCAGCAAAAAAUUUAGACGAAGAAACAUUCAGAAUGUUGUCAUUAUUUGGGCAAGUAAGAGAAGCACUUUUAGCAGUUAAAGACAACAUCCCAGAUAAGGUUUUACAAAACUGGCGAGAAAAGGCAAUGAUGACUAAACUGAACUCUGGCUCUAUUGACUACUUGGCAAGUAUAAGCUUAAAGGAAAUAACUAGAGAAGAAAACAAAAUAGAAAUCAUAAAAGAAUCUCCAGAUAUAUCCUUAAUAGGGAAAAAAUACCAAUACAGAGAAGGAAUGAAAAGUGAAGCAGCAACACAAACUCAAGAUGUGAAAAUAGAUAGCAUACAAACAGCAAAUGCAAGGAUUAGAGAUAACAGCCAAACAGCAAAUGCAAAAAUCCCACUAAGUCAAAGCAUGUGGGCUUCAAGCAGAAGACCUUGCAGCAACAUAGGAGAAUACAAGGCAAAGAUACCAGCAUAUAAUGUACCAGGCGAUGAUAAAAAACAACACAUCAAAAUGAUAGAAGGGAUGCUAGUAGGCAACAAACAUCUCAAAGAAGUAAAAGAAACUUUUACAAACUAUAAUAAAUGGGUAAAAGUCACUUUUGACUGUGAAACAGGAAGGAAAGAAGCCAUGGAAAAAAUAGAAAAGAAAAAUCGAGAGUGGUUUAGAAUGAUCUCAAUCGAAUCAUAG